AUGACGGCCCAUACUGUAAUUAAUAUGCUGCACCGCAUUUUCGCAACUCAUGGGUUACCAGACACUUUUUUGUCCGACAACGGGACUUGUUUCACCGCCUCUGAGUUUCAAGAGUUUUUGGCGGCAAAUCUGAUACAGCAUAGCAUGUCAGCACCAUUCCACCCAGCAACUAAUGGGCAGGCCAAAAGAAUGGUGCGGACCACUAAGGAGACUCUUAGCCGCCUGGUGCAGGGGAACUGGAGCCAAAAGGUGGCAUUGUUCCUCCUGCACCAGCAUGUCACACUGCACUCAGUGACGGGGCGGAGCCCCACAGAAAUGCUUAUGGGUCGGCAGCUGACAACUCUCCUUGACCGAAUGCACCCGGACCUAACAACAUUCAGACCCCCACACAGUGAGUCCACUGACUGGACCAGGGGUUUUGAGGAGGGAGAGUAUGUUUAUGCAAGGAACUAUGCUGGAGGGCAUUGUUGGUUGCCGACAACAGUAACCAAGUUGCUUGAAAUGACUGCAAUAUCAGCAUUGCUUUUCAUAUGGGAAAUAGUGGUGAUUUUGUGCUGUAAUUUGUUAUUGGUUCUCGGAAUAAGGAGGAGACGUCUGAAUGAGCCACCCUUGGAGAAUGGGAUGCUGCCAUAUCUUGGCUGUGCUUUGCAGUUUGGCUCCAAUCCUCUCAAAUUCCUCACUGCAAGACAAAAGAAAUAUGGCUCCAUUUUCACUUGCAGAUUGGCAGGAAAAUAUGUUCAUUUCCUCACAGACCCUUUUUCCUAUCACUCUGUGAUGCAACAAGGAAGACAUCUGGACUGGAAAAAGUUCCACUUCACAGCCUCGGCAAAGGCUUUUGGACAUAAAAGUAUUGACCCAAAGGAUGGGAACACCACUGAAAAUAUGCAUCAGACCUUCAUGAAAACCCUGCAGGGUAAAGCACUGAACUUUCUCAGUGAAGCUAUGAUGGAAAACCUUUCCUAUGUCAUGCUGGAAUCGACUGCCUCAAAAAUGAACUCCAGUGAUUGGGUAACAGAUAAGCUUUACGAAUUCUGUUGCCGUGUGAUGUUUGAAUCUGGGUUUUUAACACUUUUUGGUACAGAGAUUAACACAAACAAUGACAAGAUCCAUUCUAACCAAGAAGACCAAAAAACACUUAUUUUAAACUCUCUAGAGAAUUUUAAAGAAUUUGACCAAAUUUUUCCAGCUCUUGUGGCAGGGCUACCUAUCUACAUAUUCAAAGGCGCCCACAGGGCACGCGAGAAGCUGGCCGAAUCUCUACUCCAUGAGAAUCUGCAAAAAAGAGAGAACAUUUCUGAACUCAUUUCUCUCCGCAUGUUCUUGAAUGACACACUCUCCACUUUUGAUGAUAAGGAAAAAGCAAAGACCCAUCUUGCAGUUCUAUGGGCUUCACAAGCGAACACAAUUCCUGCUACAUUUUGGAGCUCAUUCUACCUUAUUAAGAAUCCAGAAGCAAUGAAAGCGGCUGUGAAAGAGGUACAACGAGUGCUCAAAAAUGCUGGUGAAAAAAUGGGUUUGAAUACGAAACGUGUUUCCUUGAGUCAAAAGCAGCUGGAUGACAUGCCUGUACUAGAUAGUAUUAUUAAAGAAGCAAUAAGACUCUCCAGUGCAUCCAUGACAAUCAGAGUGGCUAAGGAAGAUUUCUCCUUGCAGCUAAGCACUGGCUCCUACAAUAUCCGCAAAGAUGACAUCAUAGCCCUUUAUCCUCAGCUGUUACAUCUUGAUCCAGAAAUUUAUUCAGAUCCCUUGGCAUUCAAGUAUGACCGUUAUCUUAGUGAAAAUGGAGAAGAAAAUACCAUUUUUUAUCGAAAUGGUCAGAAGUUAAAAUAUUACUACAUGCCAUUUGGGACAGGACGCGCCAAAUGCCCUGGAAGAUUAUUUGCAGUUCAUGAAAUUAAACAAUUUUUGACUUUGUUCCUUUCCUGCUUUGAGGUGGAGCUUGUGGACAAGAAUGUAAAAUGCCCUUCUUUAGACCAGUCACGUGCUGGACUUGGAAUUUUACAACCAACAACUGAUGUUGAUUUCAAGUACAGAUUAAAGCCUCUUUGA